AUGGGAGCGUUUGUGGAGAACCUCGGAGUGUGCACGAUAACUCGUGCUGAAAUUAUGGCGGCCAUCCGAGGACUCCAGCUUGCGUGGAGAAACGGCUACAGGAAGGUCCUCCUUCAAAUGGAUUCCACAACAGCAAUUAAUAUCCUCUCCGCCAGUAAUCACAUGGAGCAAAGGUACUGUAUCCUGGUUCAGCAAUUCCAGGAGCUCCUUAAUAAAAGCUGGGAAGUGAAGAUUUCCCACAUCUACAGAGAAGGGAACAAGGCAGCAGAUUUCCUGGCCAACAAGGGCCAUACCAGUAGCAUUGGGUAUCAUGAUUUUGAGGUGUCUGACUCUGGUUUAGCUUUUUGGAUCUUGUAUGACAUUCUGGGUAUUUUCCAAACCCGUUUAAUCUAA